UUUAACUGACACUUUUGCGCGAAAAUUUUGUGUGUCCACAAUUGAUUUCCAACCGUUUGUUAUUGGUUCACUCAAUGAUUAAUUAGCUAACAAUGGAAAUGAGCACAUACUGGAGGGGUAGAAAAAUGGUUGAAUUGUGUUAUAACAUUUGUUGGGGAAAGAUAACAGAUUUUUACGCCACAAUAUGACUUGGUUGGUUAACAAUAUGGAUGGAGCCGCUAGGCAAAGUUAUUUUUUAUUAAUUGAUUUGUGUAAUUAAAGUAUAACCGCUCAAUGGGAUAUUAUUGAUUAGUUAAAGAAAUUAUUUUACUUUUUUUCAUUUGGAAUUAAUAGGUGUGGUUUUUAAAUUAGUGCUGGGACCACUUAGGCUGCUUAGACAGGCAGCCCAAUAUAAUUUUCUCCCCCCACAAUUUAUUUUGACCAUCAGAUCAGUUAAAGAUUUGACGUAAAACGGCAGACGGAAGGGAGGCUUCUACAGAUGCUGUUAUUUGAUCUAAAACAUCAGGUGUACACCAACUCCAGUUAAGUAACUAAUGCAAAGAUUUAAAGCGCAAUUAUGCGUUUUUUCUCCAGUACAUUGCCACGAUCGUCAGUUAUGUAGCUGCCCUACUGAUCUCAGUGCGUCCUUGCUGGGAUGACACAAUCAAUCUACUACCGGAGAAUACCAACACCAAACACAUUGGUUCACCGUUCCACGGGAGCGGACAGUACACAGCAUACCGUAAUGUUCUGAAUAGUGGCCAAGUAUACCUCGCUCCCUAUUCCGUUGAACUAUUUAGGAGUAACAAACAAGUCCUAACAUUUAUUGGAAACUGUUAAACUACCCUCCGGAUCUCCGGGGAUGAGCAACUCAACCCUGGGCCUAGCAUCGCCGAGCCAGCGAUACUCACCGGAGUGGAAAGCAGUGGAUGGAUCCACUGGUCGUCGCCGCUGCGGAAGUGGGUCUCCAGACCAGAGCUGCAUCAACACACCGCACAAAGAAAACAACCCCAGACCCACUACAGACAUGAUCAUCAGACUGGGCAGACUGACACCUGGAUACUUCCGCCUCCUACAGAGACAGGUGGCCGGUGAGGUGCAGACCCAGCCACAGGACCGCGUGGUCAACCAGAUAGCCAUGAUGCUGGCCAUCAUGGGCCUAAGCCUGUCCUACUACAGUGCCAAACGGAUGACCGAGAAGGUCCAGAGGCUCCAGAAGAGAAGAGAUCCCCAUACACCCUGAAGACCCCCCGGCCCCCAUGCGCCGGUGCUUUGAACCUGGAGAGAAGACGAACCAAUGCAGAGAUGUUGUGGAGAGGAGACAUGGAGAUGUCGGUGUCCAGAACAACACCUUUUCACAACCAAUCAGUCGUAGUCACGUCGUUCACACACUGGAGUUUUACUGGGAUCACUCUCAAUGCGAGGAGAGUUCAGGGGCUGCUGCUUUUAAGGGUAUCUUGUUAAUUUUUCACACCAAUUGGGGGGUAGGAGGGCGUGUGUCUGUGUGUGAGAAAGGCCCACGGUGGGGUUCGUGUGGUCCUGAUAAGGUUUGGGGGGGUAAAAAGUACUACCAGCUGUCUAUGGUCAGGCUGGGCCUGAGCUUUAGUUGUUGCCAAGGUACAUGCGUGCAAGAUGCCGUCAAUACUGUUCUGAGCUAAAAAGGGAUAGAAAAAUGCCAAACAAAUUAUUCUAGUGUACUGUGAAACUUGCCAGUGCUUCAAGCAUAUGACUGUGUGUAAAAUAACUGAACAGUAAUUAUUUUUUAAGGGAAGGCUAUCUGCAUUUGAGAUGUAUCUAGUAAUGACUGAAGGCGGGCCCAUGGUGUGGGGAGAAAGUAACCCUCUUAGGUUUUUGUAAUUUCUUAUUGUUAAAAAAAUUAAAGUGAGCCAUGUGAACUAGAGGUGGAGGAGGAGUCUCAAACUGGUUAAUAAUUCCACACAUGUUUAAUAUCUGUUAAUGUCAGACACAAAAAAACAACAGUACAAGUGAAACGCAGUAUUUUAACAUUUUAGGAACUUGCUUAUCCAAAUCUAUGAAAAAAGGCACUUAAUCCAAAUAACAAACUAUGUUUUUCCACAAUGUUUCCAGAUUAAUCGAUUUAAGUCUUGAUAAAGAAUGGUGGCUUUCUUUAAAGAACUCGAUCUGCAAUGGCUACUAGGUGUUACCACAGAAUAUUCUAACUUCAGUAAACGUUGCAUGGGUGUGCAGCUUUUAAACUCUACAUAAAACUUGGAUUUCAUUAAUACUGUCACGUUUUAGUUUUUUAAAGAAUGAUCACCAUGAAUGUAUAUUUCUGUGAUGUUUAGAAAAAUCAAAUAAAGCUGUGACUUGAUAAGAACA